AUGGCAGCUGUCAAGUGUUGUGCCAUGGGGCACACCAAUGGUUAGGUUGUUGGGAUGCAAAUAUUGCAAAACGCCUUCUCCUCCCCUCAUCCUCUCCCUCCGCCCACCACGUCGAUGGCGACUCUGUUCCUCUGUUGUUCAUCAUCGUCCCUCUCUCCUCUCCCGUCUCCGCCUACUGCUUCUUUCGGCCGCCGGAGCUGUUCCACUGGCUGUAUCGGAAUCGGAGCUUCGUCGCCUUCCACAUCCGCUUAUUGUUCUGCUUCGUCCAGCUCCAAACCGAAGGUCGUCGUCACCAGAGAGCGUGGCAAGAACUGGAAGCUGAUCGAUGCUCUGGGGAAACAAGGGAUCGGAGCCCUUGAGCUUCCUUUGAUUCAGCAUAUGGAAGGGCCUGAUUCGAACAGACUGUCCUCUCUGCUGAGAGAUGUAACCUUUGAUUGGAUCAUCAUAACGUCUCCUGAAGCGGGUUCAGUCUUUCUGGAGGCAUGGAGGGAAGCAGGAACCCCAAAUGUUAAGAUAGCUGUUGUGGGAGCUGGAACAGCAAGCAUUUUUGAACGAGUGAUCCAACCUUCAAACCGGUCACUUGACAUUGCUUUCUCACCAUCAAAAGCAACGGGUAAGGUUCUGGCAGCAGAGCUCCCUGAUUGUGGGAACGGAAGGUGCACUGUCUUGUAUCCAGCCUCUGUAAAAGCUAGCACUGAGAUUCAGGAAGGCUUGUCUAAUCGUGGAUUUGAGGUUGUAAGAUUGAAUACAUAUACAACGAUUCCUGUAGAUCAUGUGGAUCCAACAGUUCUUAAGGAGGCACUCUCUCUUCCUGUAGUCGCAGUUGCUUCGCCUUCUGCAAUUCGUGCAUGGCUCAAGCUCGUUUCUUCGGAAUCAGGGCAUUGGGACAACUCUGUAGCCUGUAUCGGUGAGACUACAGCAUCAGCUGCAAAAAGGUUGGGCUUCAAGAACGUCUACUACCCAACACAGCCUGGUCUGGAAGGGUGGGUAGUCAGUAUUUCGGAAGCAUUGAGAGUACACGAAAAGUCUCAGACGAAGCUGGAAGUGUCGUAGCUAUAGAUUGGUCGGUCUGACCUUCAAAUCCAAGAGCCAACAACCCACAAAAUGAUCUGUGUCUGUCUGAAAUCAAACUCUUCAUCACGGUCUGAAUCCACAGCGACAUCCCAAAGCAGGAAGGGUACUACUAUGCAUAGCUUCCAGAAAUCAACUCCAAGGGACCAACAACACACAACAUUUUGUUGAGCAACUGAGUUUCAGAGAGAGUUCCCCACCGUUGCAGACUUAAGGAAGGCAUGCAUGAUUACUUGCCGACGUAGCUCUUGCAUUUGGGCGAGGAGGCAUUGAAAGGGCUGAAUCUCUCUCGUCCUGUGUAAAUUAUGCUAGUUGUUCCCAUAAAAAAAAAUUAUGCUAGUUGUAAUUAUUUUUUGAUAAUCUUGAUUUUUCUUGUAAUUGGCUCAGAGAAAUGGGAAAAAAUCCCAAACUACACUAGUUUUUAAAAAAAAUUCCCAAAAUACAGUAGUUAUAAAAAA